AUGCCAGGGUCAGACGUCUUGGGUCUGAAUAUUUCUGACCCAGGUCAACAGAGGAAGACGGUAAUUUCUUAUCCGUAUUCAUCUUCUAUGAGCUCUUCAGCUUCUUCCUCCUCCUCCUCCUCGAUCUUCUCGCUAGAUUGCGUCUCUACUCAGAGCUCAAUCUCCUCGUCCUCGACGACCGCUGUUGACGUCAUCUGGGAAAACGAGGAGUCGGGAGAAUCAUCAGGUCGCGGUUUGUCCCAUUCUGAAAAUGCAUCUCAUUGUUUGCGCGCUAGCCUAAGAGAAUGCCCCUCUAAAGCUGCAGACUGCGCAGUGCCUGCAGAGCUUAGGAAGCAUCCUAGACGUACAGCUUGCCCUGCUAUUGCUUCUAAUGGUGCAUCCACUGCGUGUCCUCGGCUGCCUCCGCCGCUCGUGCGACAAUGCGAUCGCAAGAUCUCCUUUGUCGACAACUUGGUCGACUCCGCAUCACAAAUUGUCGAGACAAUCUGGCCACUGUCAGUGGUUGCUGUUCGGAGUGAGUCUCUUGGCUGUAAGGGUGUCUUGCCCCUUCGCACUUUCAUUCAAGAAACUCUGCGAAGGUCUCGUACUAGCUAUAGUACUUUACAGGUCGCUCUUUACUACCUUGUCAAGAUCCGACCACAUGUCCCGAACAGUGAUUUCACCAUGGAGCAAUCUCGCGAUAGCCCUAGUUGUCGAGCGAUGCAGUGCGGUCGACGGAUGUUCCUCGCCGCGCUCAUUCUUGCAUCGAAAUAUCUGCAGGACCGAAACUAUUCGGCUCGUGCUUGGAGUAAGAUCUCGGGCCUACAGACCCAAGAGAUCAAUCAGAACGAGAUGAUGUUCUUGCAAGCAGUAGAUUGGCAACUUCACGUCCCGGAGUCUGUCUAUCACCGAUGGACAGACAUUGUUCUGAAAUAUACGCCGGGCCCAACCGCGUCUUCCAAUCCCGACGAUUGCUGGAAGACUUUGAUUCCAAAACUAACCCCGGAGCUGGUCACGGUUGACGUGGUACCUACUAACUCUUCGGGCAUGUUCGGCUCGGAUAUUCUAGCUGAUAUUCCUUCGCCUCCACGUUCUUUAUCUCGCGACAGAAGUGUCUCUUCGUCAUGUUCGUUGAACGAGCAGCAAGCUCCAGCUUGCCCUCGCUCCGCUCCUACUUUAGAGCCCAGCCCUCGUUCCGAUUGCUCAAACCCGACCCUCCCUGCCCUGCAUAAGCUUGGGCUUUUACCUACGCCGCAAUUGACGCCUCAAUCUAGCGCCGCUUCUACUCCUGCAGUGAGUGUUCGCGGUCCCUGUUCGAGGCGACCAUCGUUUGUGUCUGCCAUGUCGCAGGCUCAAAACAUGUGCAUGUCACGCAUGGCGUUGGAUCCACGCCCAUUCGCGAGCAACAACAAGCCUGCUAGUACUGAAGGAUUUCCACCUUUGACCCGUCGGUCGUCUCUGGCACGCUCUACAUCUUCUGCCUCAUCCCCUGAUUCAAUGGUUUCGGAUGUGUCGACAAUAUCGUCUCGUUCUUCAAGGUCUUCCUCCAUCUCAUCAUGUGGCUCUGCGACUUGCGCGCCAAGCCAGUCAAGACUGGCUGUCACGGCGACUCGUCGCUGCGCUGCGAUGUCAUUGAAGGAAUGCCGGAAGAACCUGUCUAUACAUUCUCCCAUUGACGAGACCUCUCUUGGCGGUGUUUGUGUUUCUCCUGAAACUGAAGCAGCGAUAUGCGGAACAGUACCAGAUCUUUCAAACUUUUCUUUGAAUACACCUGUGGACAUGACAACUCAUGAAGCAGCCCAAGGGUUGUGCGAGCUGUCAGGCGCUCUUCUGCGGCCGCACUCUCCUGCAGACAAGGUAGAUAAGAACAGAACUUGCAGGAAGCGAGGAAGGACUUCUUCGGAGGAUCAAAUUCUGCAGAGCAAUGUUCGCCAUUUAAUGUCCUCGGCCUAUGGAGAAGACCAUGUUUUGGCAGACGAAAGGGUUGCCAGAUCAUUCUUAAUAUCUAAGAAUGCCUCAGAUCGUGGUCUAAGCUCUAUUCAGCUACCUAUCCCUGUUCCUGCCGAGAAGGGUGGCGUUAAGCGAGCGUGCUGCAGUGCUGAAGUUCGCAAUCAUCUCUUAUCCCACAUACAACCAACGGCAUCGAUGAAAUAA